UGGCAUGCCUUGGUUUUUUUAUACACAAAGUUGAUUAAAAUCUUUUCAAGUUAAGCCUAGGUGGGAGCUUUUCGCCAUGGCCCUUCGUCUUCUACCUUCAGUCCUUAUCACCAGUUUCACCACAAAGCACACCAAAACCACAAAGCUCGACAGCUCGAGCGUCCUUCGAACCCCCAGAAUCGUCGCUGUUAUGGACAAUGGUUCGGAUCAAAAAGUUAUUAGUCGACGAUCUGGUAAUUACCAUCCUUCAAUAUGGCAAUACGAUUAUAUUCAGUCGCUCAAGAGCAACUAUCAGGAGGAAUCGUUUAAUGAACAAGCCAUGACGCUCGUCGGAGAGGUUCGGAUGAUGCUGGAGAAAGCGACGGAGCCUUUGGAGAAACUUGAGCUAAUCGAUACGUUGCAGAGGCUGGGAUUGUCUUACCAUUUUCAGAAGGAAACCAAGAGGAUUUUGGAGAGUAUAAGGUCUGAGAUUUCAUGGAAAAAAGACAAUUUAUACGCUACAGCACUCGAGUUUAGGCUCCUAAGGCAGCACGGUUAUAAUGUUACACAAGAGGCUUUCUCUGGUUUUCAGGACGAAAUCGGGAACUUCAAUGCAAGCCUAUGCGAGGACUGCAAAGGGCUUCUUAGCUUUUAUGAAGCUUCAUACCUUUCGGUAGAAGGAGAAGACAUCUUGGACACCGCAAAAGAUUUCGCAACCGAACAACUUCAUCGACAUCUUCAACAAAAUAAAAUAGAAGAACAUCUGAGGAUGCUAGUGGAGCAUGCUUUGGAACUUCCUCUACAGUGGAGGGUGUCGAGGUUGGAAGCCAGGUGGUUUAUAGAUUUGUACCAGAAAACAGAGAAAAGAGACCCUAUGCUUUUGGAGCUCGCUAAAUUGGAUUUUAACAUUGUGCAAGCAGUGCACCAGGAUGACCUACGAUAUGCCUCCAGCUGGUGGAAUGAUACAGGCCUAGGAGAGAAGCUAAGCUUUGCGAGGGACAGGCUGAUGGAGAACUUUUUGUGGACGGUGGGGGUUAUAUUUGAUCCUCAGUUUGGUAACAUAAGAAGAACUUCAACAAAGGUUAAUGCAUUAAUAACAACCAUAGAUGAUGUGUACGAUGUGUAUGGUACGUUGGAUGAGUUAGAGAUCUUCACUCAAGCUGUUGAGAGAUGGGAUAUAAAUGCAAUGGAGCUUCUCCCAGAGUAUAUGAAGAUAUGUUUCCUUGCUCUUUUCAACUCCAUAAACGAAAUGGCUUUUGGUAUUCUCAAGGAAAAUGGAGUUCAUACCAUUCCUUUCUUGAAGAAAGCGUGGGCGGAUAUAUGCAAAUCUUAUCUGUUGGAGGCAAAAUGGUUUCAUAGUGGAUACAUACCAACCUUUAAAGAGUAUAUUGAUAAUGCUUGGGUUUCUAUUUCGGCUCCUGUAAUACUCUCUCAUGCUUGUUCUUUAACUUUCGAUUCAACGACAAAGGAUUGCUUGGAGCACUGGAAGGAACAUUACAAUAUAAUCUAUUGCUCGUCCCUGAUUUUACGACUUGCUGAUGAUCUUGGAACAUCAGUGGAUGAACUGAAAAGAGGAGAUGUUCCGAAAUCGAUCCAAUGCUAUAUGUACGAAACUGGCUCUUCCGAAGCGGAAGCCCACGAGCACGUAAGGAAGCUAAUCGAAGCCACAUGGAAAAAGAUGAACGGAGAAUAUCUAUCAAUGGCACACUCCACCUCUUCUCCUACGUUCGUACAAAUUGCAUUGAACCUGGCGAGGAUGGCUCAAUGCAUGUACCAAUAUGGAGACGGCCAUGGGGUUUCUGAUAAGGAGACCAGACAUCGUGUAUUAUUAUUACUUGUUUCAUCUAUUCCUUAGUUGAAAGGUGAUAUUGCAAGUAGUUGUGGGCUUCGAUUAGGUUUUUUAAUGGAA